AUGGCCUCGGCGUCCCCCAAGCCAGGUGGAGUGCCUUGUGGUUCUCUGUUCUUGGCUAUCAGUAGAGCUGCUACUGAAAAAGCAGUGAAGGAUGCAAUAGAUGCCAACCAGGAUGCCAUAGCCCGGCUAAGGAUGGGAAUGGACGCCUAUUACUCAACGCCGAAGUUUAGUCCAUCGCUCAAGCACACACAAAGCACGAGUGUUGGCGAUCUCAACGAUGAAGCUGAUGCUUUUGCGGCCUCCCAGGACCAGUCAAUGCAGUACCAUCUCCUCCUAGUUAUGUUGGAUAGAGCUGCGGCGAGCGCUAAAGAUGAGUGCGCUGCUGUGCUUCGAGAUCUCAUUCUGAAUCACGACUUGGUCAAGCGCAUUGUCGACUGCUGUGCUAUAGAGGAGCUCCCCGACGGUUGCCGAGAUACCCUGAGAGACCAAGCUGCUGCGGUGCUCAUGGCCUUAUUCAGUAGCAAUAUUGUGAAUGUGGAUGUUGGACUUGCUCAAUACACAGCUAAUAGGCUUCUAAGUAGUAGUAAGGGUAGUCGUAAGAAUAAUGCCAAUGCUAGUGCAUCGUCUCCUCGUCCGCUGAACUGUCUGGUGGUCAUCACUAUGGUGGAACACAAUAUAGCUCUCAUCGAGUCAUCUACUGUCAGUGCCCUACAUCAGGCUCUUCUGGAUGCCACUGAUUGUCCUGCUGGAGCACAGAACUCAUCAGUCGCCUCGUUGUUGGGAUCAUGGUCAGCGGUACUGUCCAGUGCAGGGUCAUCUCAAUAUCAUUCCUUGCGAGCAGAGGUUGACCGUAAACUUCUUGUUGCCUAUACGAAGUCCCAAGGCCGCCUCACUAUAGCUCAAGGCCUUAGUGAUAUGGCGACCGCAGCGUCGGACCUAGUUGAUAGUUUGCAAUGUGGCGAGGCAGUGUUUGCUGAACCACAAGGCCAUUGUCUCCUAACCGCUUUGGUUAGGCUGUUGAGGACCUUCGACGCCACUUCUACUAAUUUCGUAUCUGCUGGCAUGUCUGGAGCAGUCGUACAGUGUAUAUGUUCUGCUGGGCCGGCUACUGAUGAGUUAUUCAGUACUGAUGCAUAUGAUCUUUGCCUACAGGCAGUAUCGAAUUCACCAGAGUCUACUGGUCCAUGGUCACUAAUACACAUGAUGGCGGGAUUGAACCCGGGACCUUCCGCGAGAGAGCAGUUGGCAGGGACCGCUGUCGAGUCGUGCUGGUUGAAGUUAUCUGAGCUGCCUACUGCUAUAUACCGUCGCCGAUCCCAUUCCCAUGUAGUGCUCACUCAGAGCGUCUACGUGUACGAGCUCUUCUUCACCUCACUGUUGGGACUGCCUAUCUCGACAGAGGUCCUCAACAUGUACCCUUCUCCCGUCAUUCCGGUCGGCUCGGAAUUUCCUGUCCUACGGCUGGAAAAUGGGGAGAGAGUGGUACGGCUCAGCUUACCAGCGGAUCAGCCACUCAGGCCGACACAUAUGGCAUUGUCAUUGCUUGCAGUGGUGUCCGACAACAGCGCGCGCCUCACUGAUCGAUUUACUCUCAUGCGGCCUAUUGCUGACCUCGUUGGUGCUGCAUUCAGUGUGGCACGGAUACUGGUGGAGGCAGGCUCGUGCGGCGAAGAGGACACCUCGCGGUUGUGGGCAGUGGGGCUGACGUUGAGGAGGAGUAAGGGCCUGGAGGGUCCCGUCAACCAAGGGGCGCUCAGGUUGCUAAAGGCGCUUGUGGACCGCCCAAUGGCAAACGAUGGAAGCUACUAUAUCGAUCGUCUCUGUGAGGAUCUCAGUGGUGCUUCCUGCCAUGAACUGGAAAAGCUGCUGAAUCAGCUCCUAGACAGAUGCUUGAGGCCCUUUGGUGCUGAUGGCUUGAAGGUCACUCGUAUAGAAGCGGAAAAGAUAUCGCAGAUGGGACAAGGCUCGCAUCAGUCGGGAUCUGUAGCGGCAGCCAAGGCAUUACUUGCUACUCGAACUGAGCAGAGCUCUCUGGUAGCCGAUCUCCUUUCGGAUGGUGCUGUGUAUGCAGCGCUGCUGUCAAUGCUUCAACGGCCUCCUGUGGAGUCCUCUGACUCAGCGACCCAGAAGACUAAGCGGGCAAGGCAUUAUGUGAACCCAUUGCAGAGGAGCUGUCCGGUUUCUAAUGAUAAAGCGCAGAGUCUAGCUGUUGAGGUGCAACUCGGCGCUAUGAAGGCCCUGAUGACCCUCUUUGAGUGUUCGGACUCCCUCUGUGAUGACGAGGUUUAUACGGCUUUGGCUACCCUCAUAUUGGGUGACGAGAUGGUCGCUCUCACCACGGAUGCACUUCCUGCAUGGCUCGCUGUUUAUAUAUUGGAAUAUGACUCCUCCCCGACUCUGGCACUGGCUGCUACGGAUACAUUCAAGGCUUUGUGCAUCUAUUUGGCACGAAGAGGAGUCCAUUUGGUGACACAUGCAGAGGGUCCAACAUCGCGACUCAUGCCUCGACUCGUGAGGUAUCUUGUCGAGCAUAAGUCCAAGAUAGUGGAGUUCAGAGAUCUCCUUACAGUGGGGCUAAGGACACAACCUACAGUCUUCAUCCACGUCCCGAAGUUGAAGGAAUUGGCUCAGUCGCUACAGCAGUCGUAUCACUCUGAAGCGCUACUGUAUCUAACGCAGAGACAUAAGGUCUACCAGUUCCUCGAUCUGGACCUGCUGUUGGAGCAUGCGGAACGAGCGAUCGAUGCGGAGAUGCUGCUGUCGAUCGCCUUGCAAGGUCUUGUUGCGAGAGACGGAAAAGUGAAGGCUUUCGUACCGAAGGUUCUGCGAAAUGAGAAGUUGUUGAAGUUGGUAUUUGGUGAGCAUCGGAAAGACUGGGCUGGCGGGGAUGCGUUUUCGGAGGGAUGGCAUAUGGAGGGUGGUGAAGGGCAUUCUGAGGGUUGGGUUGUGCCGUCUCCUGAGGAGGUGGACGACAUAGGCCUCUUUAACGCCUUCUUAGAGCGUUACGGUUUACGACGAGAGUUCAUAGACGAUGGUGAUGGGAAGGUCCACAUCCCCACUGUUGAAGCUAUAUGCCGGGCUAUGAAGACUGAUGAUUCGUCAGUUCGGAGUGUGAGAAUUAACACUUGGAAGCGUAUGAACAAAUCUGCUGCAAAAAACCAGCAUCGUAUACACGUUGUGGAUGUCUACACCUCACUAGUGCGGGAAGCUGUGGUGCAGAGCAUUUCAUCGACUGACGACGGCAAAUCCGAUGAUAUGAAAGUAGACACCUCUCUGUGUUUGGAAUCAACACUUCGGGUCUUCACUCUAUACCAGUAUCGGCUCGUCACGAAUCGGCAGCUUUAUGUGGGCAUGUUGGGACUCCUACAGAGACUCUUGUCGAGACCGGAAUCCCCUGGUGACACGGCGGGCGAUUCAUAUGUAUCCUCCUUGGUCCUACCGCCGGGUGAUUCUCUUGGUACCGCGGCAUCAUCACUGAAUGCUCAAGAGGUCUCCAAGGCUCUGCAGGCGUUGACCAAAACUCUCGAAAUUGAAGUGGACUUGACUGAGUGCCAUGACCCUAAGCAAGCGGCGCGGAGUCUAUGGAGGCUGUGGUCCACGGUGGUCGGCCUUAUGAUGCAGAGGGCAGCUUCGGAUCUCCCUAAGGCAGAUGUCGAUGGUCUGGUUACGCCAGUUACGGGGGUUGACUCUGGGCACAUGGGUGUUCUGAUAGCCCUAUUGCAGUCACUAGGAGCACCUCCGUCGCAGUUGUCACCUCUACUGAGCGGAAGGAAGGGCAAACUGCAGAGAGUUUACACGGGGCCGGCCUAUGUGAAGGGGACCAGGGCGGCAGCUUACCAGAGCUGGUUGGCAGAUCUUUAUGUGGCGAGUCGUGCUAUAGAAGUCACUCGAAUACCAGUGUUGUCCGACUCUGACCAGUGGCCUGUCCAUGUCCUUGCUCGGGGGGCUCAUUGUGGUGAGUUAGCUGGUGUGGAGGAAGCCAGUCUGGUGGCAAAUUUGCUCCGUAAUAGUGGCAAACCAGUGCCUGGUGGGUUUGCGUAUGCUUCCCUGUUGACCCAGGACGUUGACACUAUGUAUCCUAAAUCUAGAGUGGAGAAGCUGCAAGGAAGGUGCGACAUCCAGAGCAUCUUCGACGAUGAGGUGGUUACUGUUGGUGCGAAUGCCCCGAGUAUAUACACUCAGCGGAUCUACUGUGCCGUACCGUUGUCAUUGUGGCUUUGCCCACAUAGUCUCGAGACGAAAUCUGGAGUAGCAUCAGCGCAUCCACCUACUCCUAAGGUGAGGGCUGCCAAGGAAACUAAGGAGCCUUUGUCUCCUCUACACGGAGCUCUCGACGAGGCGUUCAUGCAGAAGGUUCAUGGAUACAGUGCUAAGACCAACACUGCACUGAUGGAUGUCUCCCCUCACUACGAUGCACUAUGUUGGGGGGUCUCCCCGCUGUUACCAAGGGAGGCCUUCGUGGCAGAGACCGGUGCCAUGUUGGCGGAUAUAUGCCCAGCUCAUGUCACGAUUGACGAGUGGAUCGAUAAGUGUUCUAGAACACUGGAGUUGACCGCGAUGCGACUAUUAGCUCUCACUGAUGUGUCGAAGAGCAGUUCCAAGCCACGUGCUGCAUAUGAUGUCUUAGCUACAGUCCGGAGUGAGGAGAUGUUCUCGACCCCUGGCACAAUAACAGAUCGAUGUAGAGAUUCUGUGGACUUGGUUUUGUUACGGCUCCAGAAUCUCGUACAGAAGACCAUGGCUACAGGUGAAACUGCUAGGAGUGUCUCAGCGGUCGAAUCUUUCCUUAGACCCGAUUCUCCCGAUGGUCGAGGAACCGCAGCUAUGGGCACUUGCAGGAUAGCGACGGAGGUUGUGAUGAUACGAGAGCUCUUGGAAGACCAUCGAUUUAGAGCUCACGCUGCUGAUGAUAGAGUCGUUAGAGUUUGCGCCGAGGUGCUCCGUUCUGAGAGUGUUAACGGUGGUCGUAUGCUACUGCUUCAUGACAGAGGAGCCUGCAUCUGGGCAGAUGCGACGGAGAUGUGGAAGCCUUGCAAGCACGUAGGUGUCGGCUCAUGGGUUACAGUCAUUGCAACAUUUCGGCCCGAUGUGGUUCGUGAUCUGCCGGAAGACCUCAAUCGAGAGCAUCCUCAGCUGUUUACGACACAGCAGUGCAUCGACGAAGCAGGCAUGGAAGUUCCAGAGCUGAAAGUGGGCCUCCUCAUACCAUGCGAGGUAGACGUUGUAGAUAUGACCGUCUAUGAACGAUGCGUUAAAAUAAAACGUAACUUCUGUCGCUUACACUCCAUGGGACCUGUUCUUCGAGGCGCAUGA